AUGGAGCGGCUGUCGGUGGUGCACAAGAAGCUGUUCUCUCUGCAGCUGUUCGACGCCUCCGAUCUCCCAGAGGGCUUCCGUGAGGCGCUGGAACAGCAGCGGGCCCACUUGUGCAAGGCCUUGGGCAUCGAGGACGGCUUCGGCGCUGCGGUCGCGAAGAGGCGGUUCGACGCGGAGCUCGACGAGCCGGUGGCGAACGACCAUGCUGAGUGGGAGCGUGGCGGCGUCGGCAUCGACGGAAAGAUCGGGGAGCUCGAGAACGAGUUGGCGGCGGCGGAGGCUGCCCGUGCCGCGGUGGACGCGCAGCUGGUGCAGGCGAAGGUGCGGGCCGCCGACUUGCGGGCCCAACUGGUCUCUGAGGCGUGCGUCGACGAGCUGACGUACCCGCACCUGGCGGCUGGGGUGGCGGUGGCUGGCCAACGGGCGUCGGCUGGGGAGGCGGGGGCAUCGGCGGAUGGGGAUCAGACGGCGGAGCCGGGCUAG